AAAGCAAGGUGGCCCCGACUUAGGAGGGGGCAGUGCGUCGGAGAUUGUGGCAAUAUUCUCGAAGGGGAUAACGUCCCAGCAUCCAGCAUCUAGCCACCAGCCCUACACCCGUCGCUCACCCCACCUCGCUCCGGUUCACGCAGCAGCGCUGAGGGGAGAAGCAGCCGGCACCAGCCGAGUAGAGAAACUUGCUGCAAAAGCGGAGCGUCCAACCGGCAAUGAGACUGAUUUUUUGCUGCGCUGACCAUCAAGCAAGAUGGGCUCUCGUUUCUGGACACAGGAGCUGCGGCCGGAGCAUCAAAGGAACAAGCCCGAGGUCAGCAGACCUAGGGUGAGCGAUCAAGGAUUAAGCACACCUCGGGAAGUGGCGCCAAGCGAAGAGGAAAAGAAGAUAAUGCCUCACACGGAGGAAUUUGAGGCGAUGGUGGACGCUGUUAUCAAUCACAAUGCUGAUGUGGCCAGCAACAAGCGGAGACUACCCAUCUUUGUGGCUCUAACUGAUCCCACUCAAAGGGAGUUUUGGCUUAAAGGAGCAUCCGAGCCUUCUCGGGAGCAUUAG